AUGGCUUUUAAAGAUACCAGAAAGACUCCUGUGGAGCCCGAGGUGGCGAUUCACGGCAUUAGAAUCACCCUCGCCGGCUGCAGCGUGCAGUCUUUGGAGAAGGUAUGUGCUGACCUGAUCAGAGGUGCGAAGGAAAAGAAUCUCAAAAUGAAAGGACCGGUUCGACGCCUACCAAGACUCAGAAUAACUACAAGGAAAACUCCUUGUGGUGAAGGUUCUAAGACUUGGGAUCGUUUCCAGAUGAGGAUCCACAAGCAACUCAUGGACCUGCACAGUCCUUCUGAGAUUGUCAAGCAUAUCACUUCCAUCAGUACUGAGCCAGGAGCUGAGGUUGAAGUCACCAUGGCAGAUGCUUAA